GGGGAGGGCACAAGCGCUUAGAACGAUCGCCUUGCUGCUCUAUUAUUUUUCAUUUAUCAAAUCGAUAUCCUGCGUCUAUUUUUAACGAUCGGCCACGACAAUUGGUCCCCAGCUAGGGGGAGAUAAGAGCCCUGGAGGAUGGAGAGGAAUUAUCAGCGAGUCGGGGUCGGGGUCGGUGCUUUUCAUAAUCCACCGCGAGCGAAAUACAGCGAGGAGACCAGAAAUCUGAUCAAAGUGUUAAUGGAGGAGUCCAGGCUGUCUAUGAUGCAAAGAAAAUUCAUUCAGGAUGCUGUGGAUCGAGGGGAACCCCUGCCACCCCCUGCAGAGCCAAAACCUGCGAAACCAAAGUAUGCAGAGUCAAAGGCCUCGUAUCCAUGUCUCUGGAAGAAAAGGAUGCAGGAAGCGAUCGUCAGCAGCGGCGCCUACGAAAGAGAGCAGUACAGGAGGCUGGCUCCAUUACCGAAUAAAGAAAAGCAGAAGCGACACCUGGCCUGCAUGAUGGCCUACGGGAAGGACAUGCCCCUGACCCCUCAGGGGCCAAGAAUUUUGCACAAAGCAAGGAGACAACCGCAGAUCCCGGAAAACGUGGACGCUCUCCAAGACCUGGUGGACGGGAUCCGGGAGAGGAUGGAGUUCCUGACCGACAUGGAGAACCUGGGCCAGGGGAAGAAAUACCGGCCGAUAAUUCAACAAGAGAUCGCCCAGAAGAUCAGGCUCAUGGAGGCGAUCGACAAGGAGAAGUCUAAAGAGGUUCGAAGAGAAAUGGGCGGUUUCGAGAGGCCGUGCAUAAAAACGUGCCCCCUGGGCGAGCUGGAUGACCCGUGAACUCCCCUUCGAUUUUUGU